AAGAGACCGUCAUCUCUACGGUCGCGAUCACCUGCGUCAUCAUACCUUCCUUGAACACCUGUCAGCCAUGUCAUCAGCCGUUCCCGUAGACCCGCUAUCUCGAUUCACCUACCAUCGAAACUUGACGACAAACACGCCAGAGUUCACAUUCGCGGUCGAAACCGCUGGCAAUCAAAGGAUCCCUCGAUGCGAUCAGACGACCCUGUUACAACUGCUCGAUCCCAGUAGAGCUCCUUUCCCACUCAAGGAACAGAGCACCGCGUUCUAUACCGCUCAAUGUGCGCACUAUGGGCUGCCAGAGAGAAAGACCAAGGAACCGGCCAAGAAGACGUUGAUGGCAGCGUUUGAUCAGCAAAAGGGGACGCUGCGAGUACCAGCCCAUAUCCUGGCUAGGGAGAAACAGGCAAAGAAGCAGUUUGAAGCCGCUGCCAAACAGAUUGAGGCUGAAGCGAAAAAGGCAGACGCCGCAGCAAAGAAGGCGGAGGAGGAGAAGAGAAAGAGGAUGGAAAAGUUUGAAGAGAUCGCCAAGGUCAGACAGAGGGCGUUGGCGGAUCUGGCAAAGGUGGAUGCUUUUGAGAAGAAGUUAUUGGGCGGGUCAGCCGGAUCAUCGAAGCCCAAGGCGGCGGGAGCCAGUGCUGCUGCAGCUAUGGCAAAAAAGAAGACGCCUGCGAAGCAGGCUGCUACGGCCCCGGCUUCGACUUCAGCAGCAGCGAAAAAGACUACAAACAAGACGACAACGGCAGGAGCAGCGCCUACGACCAAGAAGUCUGCCACCACCAAGACCACAGCCUCGGCUGUCAGGACCGAACCUGACAACUCGCAUCUACCCUUCCUGUCCGACCGCCAACCUCGAUCUUACGGCCAAGCGGCAUCGUCCUCAUCGGCGUCAUUUGGAGUCCAGGCGGCCCAUAAAUCUGGCUCCUCCGUUACCGGUAGGCGGACCAAGCAGGCUGUCAAACGGAGCGAACCAGCCUCUGUUCCGUCUUCUCGGGUCAAAGCGGAGCCGGUCGUCAAGGCCGAAGUGUACGAGACCAAACCUACACUCGCACCCCAAGUCCAGCAGGAAUAUAAUUUCCAUUACGAGUACGAUAAGUACGACGGGCUCGACGACGCAGAUGAUGACUUUCAUUAUUGGAAUAACUAUGAUGUUAAGCCAUAUUAGACAAGACGAAGGUCUUUGUGCAGUGAGUCGAUUUGGAAACACAAGU